AUGGAGGGCGAGGGAACUUACUUGAAGCGUCAGUCGUAUAGUUCGACGCCAUCGAAAAACUAUAACAACUAUACAGCAGCUUCAUCACCUUCUCAAAAAAGUCAAUAUAGAUACUCCACAGGGGAAUAUCCAAAAACGAGCUCCAGAAUAUCCAGACGCUAUGCCACUCCCGAAGAAAGCGAUGCAGUAUUUCCCAUCUUCAAUACGCCAACCAACAUGUAUUUACGAAAAGAGUUGAACUCUCAGCAGAGAUACGCUCCAACAUCACAGCAACAACAGCAGCCAUCCGUGUACAAUAACAGUUCCUCCACCAAGUAUUACAGCAAACCAACUUAUAACAGUAGCUCAUUUGAUCCUCUAUCGAGCAAAGCAUCCACAGCUUCCCCCGCAUCUGCAACAUCUUCUUAUCACACUGAACGCCAAGAGCCACCACCUACUCGACCUCUCAUGAACAAUGUCAAUGGAACGGAAAGUCGAUCCAACUUUAGUAGUAUGUCAAAUGGAACAUCAUCAUUUUCGAGUACCUCCUCUGCCUCAUCCACGAAGGAUUUACUAUUGGCACAGUUAGUCGACAUGGGAUUCAGUUUGGAGGCAUCAAGAAUCGCUAUGGAAGCGAGCGGUAGUAAUAAUCUACAGGAUGUGCUGGACAUCCUUAUUCAGAAUGAGAAGGCAGAGAAGGUGAGCACUGCACGUCAGAGCAGUAGAUCAUCCUCUUCUUCAGACGAAGAUCAGGAUCCUCAAUCACAGAAACAAAGCGAAGAGAUAUGGAAGAGACAGCAAGAGGAACGUAGACGAGAGUAUUUGGAGCAGCUGAAGCGAAACAAGCCUACACCACCCAAACCCAGAUUUACAAACAGUACCAGCUACACUAGUCAACCCAAUGGUGCUGGAGCAGCAUCACCAUCAUCAUCGUCGUUUCAUGCCACUUCGCCUACAUCCUCCCAUAUACCUUUCCAACCAUCUCCCAAUGUGUCUGCUCAGCCCUCGCCCGUGCCUCCCCCAAAGCAACCCCCACAGGCGCCCGUUUCAUCCCCAAAGACAACGACUACACAACCUUCACCUCAACCUCCAUCUGAUUCUGCGACAACAUACGCAGACAAGGAAAGAAAACAAGGCAAUUACUACUUCAACAAGGGACAAUUUUUAGAGUCUGAAUCGGCCUACACACUGGCCAUCAAUUCUUUACCUGUGGGGCAUGGCGAUAUCGUACUAUUGAGCAACAACCGAGCUGCUGCUCGAUUGAAGCAAGGCAAAUAUCAAGAUUGUCUCACCGAUUGCUCAACAGCCAUCGAUAUCGCUCGCAAACACAUGCAGAGCAACACACCUAUUUCGCCUAUCAUGAGUGCUACUUCUACCAAUAUGAAGGCACAGCUGAUCAAGGCAUUGCAUCGAAAAGCGUGUGCGUUGGAGGGAUUACGUUUAUUUGAGGCCGCUAUCCAAGUGUACGAAGAGUAUGUUCGAUUGGAUGGUUCUCGCAGUGCACAAGUAACGCAGGGUAUCAUGCGAUGUCAACAGGCCUUGCUAGACAGCAAAAAGAAGCAGCAGCAACCCCAAUGGAAGCCUGCCACAUCAACCAACGAUGCUACAACUGCCUUCCCAGGCAUUGAUUUCAACAUGUUUAUUCCCAAGAAAGAUCAAAAGACCCAGGCUCAAUUAGACGAGAUUAACAAUAGCAAAGCUGUGAAAGAAAUGCGUGAUAGAGAAAAGAAGAAGGAGGCUGAGGAUGCGGAAAGAUUAGAGAAAGAGGAUAAAGUCAAUGCGCAAAUUUCAGUGUGGAAGACUGGUAAAGACAAGAAUUUGAGAGCUCUGUUGGGUUCUCUCGAAUUGAUUUUGUGGCCUGGCGUACAAUGGAAAGGCGUGACGAUGAGUGAACUAUUAGAUCCUAGAAAGUGCAAAUUGACGUACAUGAAGGCCAUUGCAAAAGUGCACCCGGACAAGCUUCCAGCAAAUGCUACCAUUGAACAGCGUAUGCUGGCUAGUGGUAUCUUUACUACACUAAACCAAGCUUGGGAUGUAUUCAAGACAGAGAAUAACUUGUAG